GCUAUGUUUACGAAUAUGCGGAGGAAUAACACCCACUAAUUGUGUUGCUUACGGACAGUACGAAGCAACGUAAUAAAAGUUACUGAAAAAAGAGCCAUCUUAUUUACGUCGCGCUUGCGCAUUUUGAUUUUGUCAAACACCAACGUCGGGGAUGCCGACAGAGUGACAGAGAAUUGCGCUACUACACUGUGCCUUGGUUGUCGCGUUUCCCCAUUUAUUAAAACUGUCCCGGUGGAAGGACGAGGAAAAGUGUUAUGUGAUAGGCCUGGAAGUGGAUUUGCGAUUUGCAAUCAUUCGUAAUAAAUGGCUAGCUCGCUGGGCGCAAUCGACUGGGAAGAUUGAUGGAUGUUGCAGAUCUGAGGAAGCAGGCUAGACAUCUGGAAAAUGAAAUCGAUGCGAAGCUGGUGGCAUUCAGUAAGCUGGGCAUAAAUACAGGUGUUAGACAUGUUAACGCAGAUGAAGUUCCUCUUUUGGAUGAGGAACAAGUAUUUGAGAACAUGGCAUCAGAGUUAGAGACAUUGCUUUCCAAGUUAUUCUCUAUAAACGAAAGGAUGAGUGAACUACAACCAAAUGGUGCGGCUAUGUUGCAUACGAUGCAACGUCAUAAGGAGAUAUUAAAAGAUUAUAAAUUGGAAUUCAACAAGAUUAGAAAUAACUUUACAGCUAGGAAAGAUCGAGAGGAUCUUCUAGGCAGUGUCCGCAAAGAAAUAGACAAUUAUAAAAGUGCAGGUGGAUUGAAUCGACGUGAAAUGUAUCUGAAAGAAAAUCAACAUAUUCACAAUUCUGAUCGAUUAAUCAACGAUCAAAUAAGCAUAGCGAUGGAGACGCGGGAUCACUUGAUGACCCAAAGACAGGCGUUCAAACGUAUAAGAACUAGAUUCAACGAUAUCUCUAAUCGAUUUCCAGCGGUCAACAGUUUACUGCAGAGGAUAAAUCUGCGUAAAAGAAGAGAUUCUGUUAUACUCGGCCUUGUUAUUGGAGUUUGCACGUUUUUGAUGCUCUUAUACGCCUUUCAUUAAACACCCCUAUGAUACUUCCAUCAUUUCCAGAUAGUGUAUCAUUUUACAACGGAAUAUACAUACAUUCAAGAGGUAUUACUGAGAUCUAAUAAAACGUAGGAAAUUUAUACGUAGGGUGCAAGAUUGUAUAUGUGCGUAUAUCGCGUGAAUGGUGACUUAUUAUCCACUCGCAUUCAAACGCGCGAUGAGAAGUUAAUCUGUACAGUUUUUUUAUACCGAAGUACAAGAAUGUACUGUGUGGAAUGUAAACAGAGCUGCGAUCCACAUUCGACACAUUAACUUAAUAAAUAUAGUAUGUUAAAAUAAAAUAAUCUCUUUUUAA